UUGAGGAGUCCACGUUUUGAAAUUUCGUUCUGCAAUGAUUUUUGUAAACUGCAUAACCAGGCGGAUGAUACAAUAACUAAUUUUGCAGCGUUGGUGAUUGGGAAGUGUGUCAUUUGUGGAGAAGAUUCAACAGGAAAGCACUAUGGUGUUACCGCUUGCCUUGGUUGUAAGACAUUUUUCAGAAGGGCAGUAAUCCAUCAGCAAGAUAUCAAAUGUAAAGGAUUGGAGUGUUGCGAAGUUGAAAAAGGUGCUAGAAAAGCUUGCAGAGCUUGCCGGUACAAGAAAUGUCUUGAAAUGGGAAUGACUAAAGAAGCACUGCAGCCACGUCGAGACUUAAUUGGUUGUCGGAGAUAUCGACAGUGUCAUGAGCAACAAACUCCCGUUGGUUCUCAUUAUUCUAUCUUCAGAGAACCAUCAUCAAAUAUGAGUUUAGUUGAGUUCAUUUCAAAGCUCACACUUUUUGAUAGAGAAAUUCGAGAACGAAAGUUUUAUUUGAUGCGAGCAAAAAAUGAUUCAAGACUGUUGGCAGAGAUGGUUGAACAGAGUAGUCAGAAAGUGAGUCGCUUGUUGAUAUUUUUUGUCAUAAACAGACUUAUGAGUAUGGCAAGCGAUAUCGCUAACGUGACUCAUACAGAACUGUUGCUGAUGUUGGAAUGGGCUAAAAGUGUGCCCUGUUUCACCGAGCUUCCUCUAGCUGAUAGAUUGUCGUUGUUGAAAUGUUUUGCCAUCCAUUAUCUUAUUCUGGAGUAUGGCUUUUAUACUGCACAACUUGGCUUUGAAGAUGUUUGGUUGAUAACAAAUGGUACUUGUAUGCCACGAAAUAUUGAUGAAUUACCAAAAGACUUGAAGGAAUCAAUUCCAGCGGAUCGUAAAUGGCGUCAAGAGAAACUUUAUAAGCAAAUGACCGAUAUAUGCAUUGAUGAAGUUGCUAUUCCUUUGAAGAGAUUAAAGUUGAUGCCUGAAGAACUUGUAACACUGAAAAUUAUAAUGCUUUUUCGAUAUGGUAAUACUGGUUAUGAAAGUAAUUUUUUGCCUCUUGAAACAAGCAAGCAAAUAAUAAAAUGUCGUAACAGAAUUGUGGCGGCGUUGUUUGCUUUUUAUCGCUCUAUUGGGUUUCCGGAUUACCCAGAACGCUUCGGUAAUUUGAUUCUGGCAAUAUCUGGAAUAAUAUCGGCUGCCUCAGCGACCAUUGAAAGUUAUCAAAUUAUGCGUUUGUUCAAAAUUGUAACUUUCGAUCACAUAUCUGAACAACUUCUUUUCAAUAUUCCGCAAGCACCAUAA